UAAACAACGACGAGCACAGACAGACACCGAGAGACGCUAUCCUUUAAUAAUAAUCAUAAUAAAACUAAAGUACACCAGUUACCUCUCUGGCCCAUCCUAAUGAAGGACCUUCGCCCUGACUGACUUUGGGAGAUGGGAAUACUAAACAUAACAGACCAGCCCCCUCUGGUCCAGGCCAUAUUCAGCCGAAAUGCAGAAGAAGUUCAGUUAUUGUUAUUGCACAAGAAGGAAGAAGUUAAUGCACUGGACCAAGAGCGCCGCACACCCCUGCAUGCUGCUGCUUGUCUGGGUGAUGUUCAUAUAAUGGACCUCCUCAUUAAUUCAGGUGCUAGUGUUAAUGCAAAGGACCACGUGUGGCUGACUCCACUGCACCGGGCAGCUGCCUCUCGCAAUGAGAGGGCUGUGGGGCUGCUCUUGCGCCAGGGGGCAGAGGUGAACGCGCGGGACAAAUACUGGCAGACACCACUGCACGUGGCAGCUGCCAAUCGUGCCACGCGGUGCGCCGAGGCCCUGUUGCCCCAGCUGAGCAGCCUGAAUGUGGCAGACCGCACCGGCAGGACUGCCCUACACCAUGCCACAUAUAGUGGCUACCUGGAGAUGGUGAAGUUGCUGCUGAACAAAGGGGCCAACCUGAGUGCCAGUGAUAAGAAGGAGAGGCAGCCCAUCCACUGGGCAGCUUACCUAGGGCAUUUGGAGAUUGUUAAGCUGCUGGUCUCCCGAAGUGCAGACGCUGUCUGCAAGGACAAGCGGGGCUACACUCCCCUCCACGCUGCCGCUGCCAGCGGUCAGAUUGAAGUGGUCAAGUAUCUCCUCCGGCUGGGCGCUGAGAUUGAUGAGCCGAACGCCUUUGGGAACACGGCGCUGCAUGUGGCCUGCUACAUGGGCCAGGAAGCAGUGGCCAACGAGCUGGUCAACCGUGGUGCCAAUGUCAACCAGCCCAACCUGCGAGGCUAUACACCGCUGCACCUUGCUGCUGUGUCCACCAAUGGGGCCCUAUGCCUGGAGCUCCUGGUCAAUAACGGGGCUGACGUCAACAUGCAGAGCAAAGAUGGGAAGAGCCCCUUGCACAUGGCUGCCAUUCAUGGUCGCUUCACUCGCUCCCAGAUCCUCAUCCAAAACGGUGGGGAGAUUGACUGUGUGGAUAAAUAUGGCAAUACUCCUCUUCAUGUUGCUGCUAAGUAUGGCCACGAGCUGCUCAUCAGCACCCUGAUGACCAAUGGCGCCGACACAGCCAGGCAGGGGAUUCAUGGGAUGUUUCCGCUGCAUUUGGCAGUGCUCUACGGGUUUUCAGACUGUUGUCGCAAGUUACUCUCCUCAGGUCAGCUGUAUAGCAUUGUAUCGUCUCUGAGCAACGAGCACGUGCUAUCAGCGGGGUUUGACAUAAACACCCCAGACAACCUCGGGAGGACCUGUCUACACGCUGCUGCUUCUGGAGGAAAUGUUGAAUGUCUUAACUUGCUGUUGAGCAGUGGUGCUGAUUUGGGAAAGAAGGACAAAUUAGGAAGGACCCCAUUGCACUAUGCGGCAGCUAACGGGAGCUACCAGUGUGCGGUGGCCCUGGUGAGCGCUGGCGCUGAGGUUAAUGAGCCUGACGGUAAAGGCUGCACCCCCCUGCACUACGCUGCUGCCUCGCAGACCUUCUGCCGAGUGGACCGACAACAGUCUGGGAGCCAUCGAAAUGAGGAAGAGAGGGCAAAAGAGACUUUCUGCUGUUUGGAACAUUUGCUGGACAACGGCGCAGACCCGGCCAUUCGCAACAUCAGCGGUUACACUGCAGUCCACUAUGCAGCCGCCCAUGGCAACAAGCAAAACCUGGAACUGCUCCUUGAAAUGUCUUUAAACUGUUUGGGAGAUGUGGAGAACAGUGUUCCAGUUAGCCCCCUGCACUUAGCCGCCUACAAUGGUCACUGUGAGGCGCUGCGCGUGCUUGCGGAAACACUGGUGAACCUGGAUGUGCGUGACACCGGGGGACGCACUGCUCUCCACUUGGCUGCCCAGAGGGGCCACUGCCGCUGCGUGGAGGUCCUGCUGGGCCACGGGGCCUCCUGCCUCAUAAAAGAACGUCGCCGAAAGUGGACCCCUCUCCAUAUGGCAGCUGCCAGUGGCCACACAGACUGUCUGCAGGCACUGAUGGACAGUGGAGAGAGAGAUGACCUUGCCGAUGUAAUGGAUGCCCUGGGACAAACCCCCCUGAUGUUGGCUGUCCUGGGCAGCCACACAGGCUGCGUCCAUGUCCUGCUGGAGAGGGGGGCCACAGCGGAUGCUGGGGACAAGAGAGGCCGCACAGCUCUACACCGGGCGGCGGUGAUGGGCUGUGAGGACUGUGUGCUGGCUCUACUAGAGCACGACGCCUAUGUGAUGUGCCGUGACUUCCAGGGCCGCACUCCAAUGCACCUGGCAGCGUCCUGCGGCCACGCGGAGCUUCUGGGCAGCCUGCUGCAGGCUUCUGCCCGCACUGACCCUCUGGAUUCCCUGCUGGACUACAGUGGCUACACCCCUUUGCACUGGGCAGCCUACCAUGGGCAUGAAGACUGUUUGGAAGUUUUACUUGAACACAAACCUUUUAGUAUCCAGGAAGGAAACCCUUUCACCCCAUUGCACUGCGCUCUUAUGAACGGCCAUGAUGGCUCUGCCGAGCUUCUGUUGGAGACUGUAGGCAGUCAGCUGGUGAAUGUCAGAGACAUGAAAGGAAGGUCCCCCUUACACGCUGCAGCCUUUGUGGAUAAUGUAGCGGGGCUGCAGCUCCUGCUGCGCCAUGGUGCUGAGGUUGAUGCUGUGGACCACGCUGGAUGCUCUGCCCUCAUGGUGGCUGCUGACAAUGGCCAGACUGCAGCUGUAGAGAUUUUGCUGCACCGGGCCAAGGCCACCCUGUCACUGCUUGACAUUAAUAAGAACACUGCCCUUCACCUGGCCUGCAGCAAGGGUCACGAGAUGUGUGCUCUGUUAAUUCUGGGAGAGAUCCACAACCCAUCACUCAUCAAUGCAACCAACAGCGCGCUACAGAUGCCCCUGCAUAUUGCGGCACGGAAUGGCCUGGCCACCGUAGUCCAGGCGCUGUUGAGCCGAGGGGCCACGGUGCUGGCUGUGGACCAGGAGGGCCACACUCCAGCUCUGGCCUGCGCCCCCAACAAGGACGUGGCCGACUGCUUGGCCCUCAUCCUGUCCACCAUGAAGCCUUUUCCUCCCAAAGACCCAGCCGGCUCUCCCUUCGGCCUUAACCUGCUGAAGCACUGCGGCAUAGCGGCAGCCUGCGGCCCUCUGCCCAGCGCCGCUUUGCGCCGUGCCUAUGCCAAGGAGCGGCAUGGCGCCAUCGGGCUGGACGGCUGCUUCUCCGAGUGAGGCUCCGCCCAACCUCCCCCUGCCCCAUAACAGUCCGACAAGCCUGAGCCCCCGCCGCCGUGACUGGGUGAAUCCCUUGCAACACACAUUAGACGAGCAGGAAUACAUUUAUACACGUUUGUGUGUGUUCAAACAACUUUAGGGGUGCAGUCAAACCUAUAUGCAAUUACAGCCUCUCUUUUAUUAUAUCUCCAUAAAGUCUGCCUAGAUCAGUACUGCUUAAUCCUGGAACACACUGUGUUUUGUCAGGUAAUUUGGCAUAUUAGCCCCAGGGGAAAAAGCGGGGGAAAAAAAAUCAAUUCAUGGGAGUCAACAGAACAUUUCAAAUGAACAAUUAAUCUUUAUCAGCUUUUGCUUAAUUAUAUAUUAUCUAGUAGUAUUAAUUCCACAUAUUUCUUUCUUUCCAUAUAAUAAGAUGUGUAGCAUCAGCUGUCCUGAAAGCCACAUAACAGGCUGUUGAUAGAGAGACUGGCGUGUUUUCCAGUAUGGAUUUGACUGCACAGCUAAGGUGUCAAGAGGGUAGGGCGGUGUGCAGAGAACCCCUGAAUGUGUCCAGUACAAGUGGCAGCGCACGGCAUUACCCAGGUGAGCAGUGGAAACAUGCGAAAGUGCGGUACCUCACUGCAUCGCAUUAGCAGGUGCAACAGCUUAUUUCAUUGUACCGUUGUGCUGUUCGCUAAACCUUUUAUUGUGUCACUUGUUUCUUUAGGAAACAAUCAUAUUUAGUACAGGAAAAAAAACAAUAAUCAGUGUCCUGCCGGACAUUGUGUGUCGUUAAAGGAGCACUGAGAUAUCGACAUUGAUCACCUCCCUCCCAUUUGAACCCUUCCUUCUUGGUCAUAGGAUCGUCCAGUUCUUUGGUGCCGUUAGAGAGGCUUGUCCCCUGUGCACAAGUUUUUCUGUAAACACCGGAUCGAAUGUGAGGUUUGGGGGGGCUCUCAAGGUGGAGCACAGCAUGAAGCUGCAAACAGGUUUUACAGCUUUGUGCCUGACCUGAGAGGACCCCACCCCACACACACACACAUAUCGUACGAUCCUUAAUUUCUAAAGAGAACAAUUCUAGCGCUGUUUCUAUUAAGGCAACAUUUGGCAAAAAGCAUGAGCGUGUAAAGCAGGAGGCACACACUUCAGAGUAGGCCAAGGGCACAGUUCAAUUCCAUCAGUGAAGUUGAUAUGCUUGAAUUCUACUAUGUACCUCAACAUCACUUGAAGAUGAAAUAAUGGACAUUAAGA